CCGCCACCAGGCCAAGCAUGUCAAACGAUGAGGAGCCAACAGUCGAGAUCAGACAACUCAACUUGCGCUCCCGAACGACUCAGCCGACGAGUGGUCAUGUCGGUAGCAGCACGACCCGUCAAAGCACGAAACCCUCUGCGCUCAAGAUCAAAGCAGGCUCGGCAUCGCGGUUGCUGAAGGAAGUGAGCAUGUACACACGAGAGGCGAGAGGGCAGGCUAAGCAUCUCGAGGCAAUGGAGGCCAACGGGGAAGAUAUCUACAAGAUCAAGCAAGAGAGGAACGCCUACAAUGAGACACUGGCCAUCAUACCGGACUCGCAAAGGAGGCUCGUCGUUGCCAUUGCCGCACUGCGAGAUCACCUCGCUUCCGGUUCGGCAGACUGUGCAGACGAACCCGUCGUCCUCUCUGCCCAAGCUACGAUCAAGCAGUACGAAGCAGAACAGGCCAGUCAUUUCGAACCUGUGCCCACCCAGACCAAACCGACAAGGCAAGAGACAGCUGCCAGUGGCUCUGCGCCUAGCCUCAUCAUGAUCAAGACCAACGCGGUCAGGCGGCUACACAGGGAGCUCUGCGAUUCAGAGCAAGAUGCCGAGCAGCAAGGUCGAGUGGCCGAUCGGUAUCAGGCCGAGGGCAAAGACGUCUACGAUGUCAACCAACAGAGGCGGGUCCAAGCCGAGUCGCUCAGGAUGAUACCCGAAUGCCAGCGAUUGCUAGCGCAGGCCAUCACCGAUCUCAGAUCUGUUGCUCACAAGCGCGAUCCCGCCCAGGGGAGCGAGAGCGAGUACCAACUAGCAGAAGAAGCCCUCGAGCUUGCUUCUGCAUGA